CCAGUGGCGGAGGAUAUAUAAGGGAGUGCGCUGCGUAUUGCUCCUGACCUGGCCUGUGCAGAGGCAGCACGGCCCGGGACAAGGAAGGAAGGAAGGAACAUGGCGUCUACCAGCCGUUUGGAUGUGCUUCCCAGAGUGACAUGUCCAAACCAUCCAGAUUCCAUUUUAGUGGAGGAUUACAGAGCUGGAGACAUGAUCUGUCCUGAAUGUGGACUAGUAGUGGGUGACCGAGUCAUAGAUGUAGGGUCAGAGUGGAGAACUUUCAGCAAUGAUAAAGCAACAAAAGACCCAUCUCGAGUUGGAGACACCCAGAAUCCUCUCUUGAGUGAUGGGGAUUUGACUACAAUGAUUGGCAAGGGCACAGGUGCAGCAAGUUUUGAUGAAUUUGGAAAUUCGAAGUACCAGAAUCGCAGGACUAUGAGCAGCUCUGAUCGAGCAAUGAUGAAUGCUUUUAGAGAAAUUACUAACAUGGCAGACAGAAUCAACCUUCCCAGAAAUAUAGUUGAUCGAACAAAUAAUUUAUUCAAGCAAGUGUAUGAGCAGAAGAGCCUGAAGGGGAGAAGUAAUGAUGCCAUUGCUUCUGCUUGUCUCUAUAUAGCCUGUAGACAAGAGGGUGUUCCUAGAACAUUUAAAGAAAUAUGUGCAGUGUCCAGGAUUUCAAAAAAAGAAAUAGGUCGGUGUUUUAAGCUUAUUUUGAAGGCUCUGGAAACCAGUGUGGAUUUGAUCACAACUGGUGAUUUUAUGUCAAGAUUUUGUUCAAAUCUGGGUCUUCCUAAACAAGUACAGAUGGCAGCGACACACAUAGCACGUAAAGCUGUGGAGUUAGACUUGGUUCCUGGGAGGAGUCCGAUCUCUGUAGCAGCUGCAGCUAUUUAUAUGGCAUCACAAGCCUCAGCAGAGAAAAGGACCCAGAAAGAAAUAGGAGAUAUUGCUGGUGUUGCUGAUGUUACAAUCCGACAAUCUUAUAGACUUAUCUAUCCACGAGCUCCAGAUCUCUUCCCAGCAGACUUCAAAUUUGACACCCCUGUGGACAAACUACCGCAGCUGUAAAAUUGUUAAAGUUACAUUUAAUUUCUUAAGAACAUUUGAUUUUUGCCUAUAAAAGUGUUGCUACUGAGCCUUCGUAUUGUGGAACUAGAGGAGGAUAUGAAAAUCAAACUGCUGGAACACAGCACACAUUCCAAGGGUAAAGAAAAUAAUUGUGUGGCAUUUUGUAUGUAUAUAUUAGUGGAAGUAAAUAUUUAAUGACUGUUGGAACAAGUUAAAUUUCAUAUUAUACUUUAGAUUUCUUUUGUAGGGAAUCUAGUAAAAUGUAUUUUGGAAAGCAAUUGAAAUUAUGUAAUUCCCAAAUAAACUUUUCCAAAACAUU